AUUUCCCGGGGCUAAAAGUGAAAUACACCGAGUGCCCCACCCAUUUGGAUUCCGCCAUUCGCUCUGCGUUUAGGAGGCUUCAGAGCUGCUGGGGAGGAGCAAGGCUCGUCAUUAUCAGUAAGACAGCGCCGCUGCUUGAGCAGUACAGUGACCGUCUGCAGCGCGCUGUGUUUACACACACACAAUCACCGUGUGAUCGUGACCGGCGCGGACUUUCUCUGUUAUCUCAUCGUGCGCACCACUGCAGCAGAAGGGCAAGAGGAACUCCAGGGAGGAUCAUUUCAUUUCAUCCACUGACCCUCUUGGAAAAAAGGGGACUAAGCUCACAUCUUUCCAAGGAGAUACUUUCUCGCGUCAAACUCAUAGGGAGAAACAAGUUUUUCGGUAUCAUUGCGCGUUUGUAACCUUGGAACUCGUACCUGGUGUUUGGUGAGGAUGGGACUGUUCCUUGUCUCGAUCGCCCUCUGCGUACACCUCACUGUCCCGCAUCUCGUCAAAGCAGCAGAUGGUGAGGAUCCUACUUCAUCAGGACCCUGCCAUCCAAACCCUUGUCACAAUGGAGGCACCUGUGAAAUCAGUGAAACAUACAGGGGUGACACAUUCAUUGGAUACGUCUGCAAAUGCCCCCAAGGCUUCAACGGGGUCCACUGCCAACACAAUGUUAAUGAAUGCGAAAGAAACCCAUGCAAAAACGGUGGGAGCUGCUCAGAUUUGGUUGCAAACUAUUCCUGUGAAUGCCCAGGGGAAUAUAUGGGAAGAAACUGUCAGUACAAAUGUUCCGGUCCUCUUGGCAUGGAGGGUGGAAUCAUCUCCAACCAGCAGAUUAUGGCCUCCUCCACUCACCGAGCUCUCUUUGGCCUCCAGAAAUGGUACCCCUACUUUGCCCGGCUGAAUAAGAAAGGUCUAGUGAACGCCUGGACGGCAGCCGAGAAUGACAGAUGGCCCUGGAUUCAGAUUAACCUACAGAGAAGGAUGCGGGUCACAGGAGUGAUAACCCAAGGAGCCAAGCGCAUCGGGAGCCCAGAAUAUGUUAAAUCGUACAAAGUGGCCUACAGUGAUGACGGAAAGACCUGGAGGACUUACAAAGUCAAGGGCACGGAUGAAGAUAUAAUCUUCCGCGGUAAUAUUGAUAACAACACCCCAUAUGCCAACUCCUUCACCCCUCCGAUCGAAGCUCAGUAUGUGAGGAUCUACCCCCAGGUGUGCAGGAGGCACUGCACUCUUCGCAUGGAGCUCCUGGGUUGUGAGCUCACGGGGUGUUCAGAGCCAAUGGGGAUGAAGUCUGGCCACAUUCAAGACUACCAAAUCAUAGCUUCCAGCAUCUUCAAAACUCUUAAUAUGGAUAUGUUCACCUGGGAGCCUGGGAAAGCAAGACUGGAUAAGCAAGGAAAGGUCAAUGCUUGGACAUCUGGACACAGUGAUCAGUCCCAAUGGCUGCAGGUUGACAUGCUUCGGCCAACAAAAAUCACAGGCAUCAUUACCCAGGGGGCUAAAGACUUUGGACAUGUUCAGUUUGUUGGCUCCUACAAGGUGGCCUACAGCAAUGACGGCGAGAGAUGGCUUAUAUAUCAGGACGAAAAACAGAAGAAAGACAAGGUCUUUCAAGGAAAUUUUGAUAAUGACACCCACAGAAAGAAUGUGAUUGAUCCUCCCAUCUAUGCCAGGUUCUUUCGAAUCCUUCCGUGGUCAUGGUACGGUAGAAUCACUUUGCGUGCAGAGUUACUAGGAUGCACAGAGGAAGAUUGAAUACCCAUAUUCAUUGUUCCCUUUGGUAAACUUUGGUCCAUACUCAAUAUAAACUGAGCUUACAAAUAUUAAAUUACAAGAAAAAAUGUUUCAGCAAUUUCUUUUCAUUUUUUAUAAUAUUACUUUUUUCUUUUUCAUUUUUUAAAAAUAUUUUUCACAAAGAGGGGUUUAGAUCCAUUCAUCUUUAUUCAGCCCUGUUUGUUUGUCCUUUUUAUGGUCUCUGCCAUUGAAUUUUUCUUUUCUUGUCUUGUUUUGAUGAGCUAAAUGAAUGGUGGGGGAUAGUUUAUUGUGGUUUAAACAGUAGAACAAUAGCCACUGUACAGUGUCACUUAAACAAAAACAAAAAAUGGCAUGCUAAGUUUAUUUGGCCUUAAUUAAAUCAACCAAUCAAUCAACCAACCAAUGUAAAAUAUGUUUCUACUUUCUUUAUAACAGCUUACCUGACUGAAAUUCAAACAGCCAACACUGACGUUAUGUAGACAAAAAUAUGAUGGUAUUGUAUUAUAUAUAAACUGCAAAAUAUCUGCAUGAUGAAUAAAUUAUGUUAGAAGUAUAAGAUAAAAAGAUGUAUAAGUUAAAAUUUCUCCAAAUGAAGCAUUUCAUAGAUCAUUUUUAUCAUUCAUUAAAAUUUUUGUAUGAUCUGUUUUCCUGUACUUUUCUAAAUACACUGUUAUGUGCCACAUAAUAUAAUAACAUACCAUAAGCAAGAUGGGAAAAAUGUAAUAAAAAUAACACUACUGUACUGGAACCGCCCAUAACUAGAUUAACAAUUUUUACAUAGAUAGAUUACAUACAUAGACAUUGGGCUUAUAAAUGUAAUAGGCAAAGGUACUUAUGCAAGCAGUCUGUAACAAAAACAACUUUUUUCUUUCUUUUUUAAGAAAAUAAUGUCUGUGGAAAGUACUCUUUUAGAAGCUUUUUUUGUGUUGAUGUAUACAAUAUUUUUUGUGUAAAACAUUCAGAUAUCUCUGUUUUUCAGACUGUUUGUGUAUCACUUAUCUAUACUACUGUAUUUUGUUUCCCCUUGAUUAUAAAAACCUCAGGAUAGAUUUUUUAGUACAGUCGUACAAUUAAAAUUAACUUUGUCUGAAUGCAACGUUCCUUUGAAUUAUCCCACAUUGUUAUGUGCUUGUCAGGAAAUGUGAAGGAAUAUUAACUUACAAAAGCUUGUUAUAUGGACUACACUAAGUGGGAUUAUUCUUUUUUCCCUUUGCAUAUAAUAAAGGCACUAUUAAAUAACAGCAUCCAAGUAUGAAAAAAAUAGAUGCAGAUGUUUAUUUAUUGAAAUAUAGUUAUUCAUUGAAAAGUUGAGCAUCAAUGGGUUGUGAAAUCACUGGAAUGAAUUUUUUUUUUUUUUGAUAAAUUAAGAAUAUACAGGUCUGAUAACAAACAAAUAUACAAUAGUUACAUCCAACAACCCAUGUGUUGGAGGAGGGGGAUCGGGUACAAUUAUUUGUACAGUAUUGAAUGUGAAAAAAAAAAAAUACAACAUUUAUGUACAAAAUGUGUAGACAUCAAUUCAGCAUAUACUGUAUCAUACACAAGGAUCAGCAUAUACAUCACAUACAGUAACAUAUUUUCUAACCGAUAAGUGUUGUUUUCAUAUGUGUAUCAUGAUUAUAUGGAGGCAAUAUUAGUACUUCUUGUCUAACAUUUGUGUCAGUGAGAUUAUUCUUUAAAACUGUUCAGAUGACUUGUGUGCACAUUUAACAGUUUUGUACAUACUUUUUGAGGAUGACCGUCUAUGAAGAAAAAACAAAAGUCAUAAUAUGAGGUCCACAGGCACAUUUAAAAAAAAAAACAACAAAUAUCAUAUAUUGAUGGGUCUGAUAGUCCAGCAUUUCCUUUACAUGUGCUGUGAAAAGUGAUUGUUUGAAAACAUGUAUAGUUCAAUUCAAGAGAGACCUUGUGGGCCACACUUUUUUGAUUUGCAUUUUUCCUAUACUGUAUUUAAAAUAUAAAUACAGUAUACUUUUUUCUUUUCUUUUUUUUUUUUUUUUGUUAAUUCCAUGUCAAACAAAAGUUAUAUGGUAAAACAAACCACAGAGGUGUAGAAAGGAGGAAUGCCAUUGCUACUAAUAUAGACAGGUCUUUUGUUUGACAAAUAAAAAGAAAACAUCUGUGAAAUACAAUGUUUUGAUUUCUGACUAUUGCUUUCUUUGUUUCUAAUGCUCUACUCAUCUGACAAAUGACUGAAAACAGUGUUUUGUUAGAAGAAGAAAAAAAGGGACUGACCUUGUGUUCUUCACUUGUAUUGAUUGCUUCUGCAGUACUAGUUGCCAAAACUUCUCCCAAGCCAUUCUUUAUUUGGAAUACUGUAGGUAGCGCUAUCUCAAGAAAUAUCUUCUGUAAAUGUGAUUUUAGUUCAUAACCCAUUGCUUAUGUCAAUUAAAGGGGACAUAAUUUUUAUUUAUUUUUUAACAUAAUUAUGUGUCCCCAGUGUGUGACGACCACAAAACAUGGUAAAAGACCAUCCCCUCAUUUCUUUCCUAUCUCCAUCAAUAAAAAAACCUUUUGAACAAGCCUUUCAGGUUUGCAGCCCCUUAUGACGUCAAAAGGGGAAAUCUACCGCCCAGGGCUGGCGAAGAUAUCCACUUGAGUAGCUUAGAUCCAUCCUCAUUAAAACCUGAGCGAGCAGCCCACAGUCCACCAUAUUUGUCUCCUCGCUAGAGCCGCUUGCGUUAACUCAGACUGCUUCAUCAACGAUG